AUGUUGUCGGCAUUUACUGCUCGACCAAUCGUCGAGCUCAAGCCGAGAGACAAGUCCAAGAUUGAGUCGGUCCUUGCCUAUGGUGACCGUCUCCUUGUCGGUCUCAACACAGGCAGCCUCCGUAUCUACCGCGUCAAUGAUCCCAUCGACGAGGCCGGCGAGCGAAAUGAAAGCCCCACAGACGGAGACAGGCCCAUAUCCCAGUCAGGCCCUAAGCCUGCGGACUUGAUGCGAGAGCUUGAGAAGUUUUCAAAAUACAAGGUGGAGCAGCUAGCGGUGGUCAAAGAAGCCAAUAUCCUCGUCUCCCUCUCGAACAGCCAAGUCCACAUCCACGACCUACAGAGCUACGAACUACAAGAGACCUUGGUGAAGGCGAAGGGCGCGAGUACAUUUGCGGUGACGUCGAAUGUUGUCAGGGAUGAAUCUACGGGCGUGCCAUCGAUUGUUUCCAGAUUAGCUGUUGCGGUAAAGAGGCGGCUCAUACUAUGGUCGUGGCAUGAUAGUGAACUUGCACCCGAGACAUCAGAAAUCACGCUCGUCAACACUAUUAGGGCCUUCAAAUGGGCGACUGGGACAAAACUUAUCGCAGGGCUCAAUUCGAGCUAUGUCCUAGUCGAUGUGGAGAGCUCUGCAGUCACGGACAUAAUUGGGCCGGGAAGUAUAGGGGGAGCACCAGGACAAGAUGGGGGGCGCUUCAGCGGCGCUGGAGUUGCAAGUAUGGGAUACUUGGGAAUGACCUCCCCGCCCCCUCUUGCAACUCAGCUGGGCGCAGGGGAGAUGCUAUUGGCCAAGGAUAUCAAUACGAUGUUCAUUGAUACAGACGCCAAUUCUCUCGGAAGACGGCAGAUACCCUGGUCUGUUGCUCCAGAAGCUGUUGGCUACUCAUAUCCGUAUUUGCUAGCCCUCCAGGCAACCAAAGGUACCCUAGAGGUGAGGAAUCCAGAAACACUGAGCCUCCUGCAAACGAUAUCCUUGCCAUCCGCACAUCAGCUGCACGUCCCACAACCGAGCGUCAGCUUGGCCCAUGCUGGCAAAGGUUUCCUCGUUUCCAGCGACCGCUGCAUCUGGAGGAUGAAGGCUCUGGACUAUGACGCUCAGAUCGAUGCACUGGUUGAGCGAGGCAGACUUGAUGAGGCACUCAGCCUACUCGCUAUGCUGGAAGAUGCCUUGCUCAAAGACAAACAAGGUCGUGUCCGAGAUAUCAAGAUCAUCAAAGCUCAACAGCUCUUUGACCAACGAAGAUACCGAGACUCGAUCGACCUCUUCACUGAGGUUUCUGCGCCUCCGGAGAGGGUUAUCCGCAUGUAUCCUCCCUUCAUUGCUGGAGAUGCAUCGCCACUGUCUCCUUUACACAAGGACAAUCUGAAUGAGGAUCAUUUCGAAGCGAGCACAGAUGGUGCAUCGGAAAUCAAAACCUCGUCCGAGGAGAUCCCUCCCAACAUGCCAUCAAGUGAGAGCAGCGCUAAGGAUUCGAAUGAAGGCAGCGAAAGGCAAGGCGGUGACAAGUCGCUUGAAGGCAAAGACCUCAAGACUGCUACUGAAGAGCUGCGAGGCUUUUUGGUGUCGGCCAGGACGAAAUUCAAGAAGAUAUUAGAUCCGGAUGGAAAUGUAAAAUUCGACGUGCUUGACAACAUGCCUCAGAAAGAAGUCAGGGAAAUUGCCUCUCUUGUAGGGACGACUACGCUCGAUGCAUUCGAGGACAAAGAACGACUGCUUCAGACCGCCAAGAUUGUCGACACUACGCUGUUUCGCGCCUAUAUGUUCGUCAGCCCAUCGUUUGCCGGACCGCUGUUUCGCAUCGACAACUUCUGUGAUCCCGAUGUGGUCAAUGAAAGGCUCAUCGAAGCCCAUCGCUACAACGAUUUGGUCGAUUUCUUCUACGGCAAGAAGCUUCACCGUCCGGCCUUGGAAUUACUCAAGAAAUUUGGAGAGGCAGAGGAAGAAAGCGAAGACGCUCCACAGCUCCAUGGUCCUCAGAGAACGGUGGCCUACUUACAGAGUCUUCCACCAGAGAUGAUUGACCUCAUACUACAAUUCGCAGAAUGGCCUCUGAGAAAAGACCCCAGCCUUGGCAUGGAGAUCUUUAUGGCUGAUACUGAGAAUGCGGAAACUUUGCAGCGACCGAAAGUACUCGAAUUCUUGCAAAGCAUUGAUAAAAAAUUGGCCAGAACGUAUCUGGAGUAUAUUAUCCAUGAGCUCAACGAUACUACACCAGACUUUCACCAAAGACUUUCCGACGUCUACAUCGACCGUCUGAAGUCGAAUGACUUUGCUAGCGACGGUGAUCGAGCGGCAUGGAAAAAGAAGACGCUUGACUUCUUAGAGACGAGCAAGGACCCUCAGCCGUACAAAGCUCUCCAAAAACUGCCAAAAGAUGACCCGAAUCUCUUCGAAGCACGAGCCAUCAUCCUCAGCAAAAUGGGCCACCACAAGCAAGCUUUGGACAUAUAUGUGUUUCACCUGAAAGACGCAGACAAGGCAGAAGAAUAUUGCAACCAAAUCUUUCUGACAGAAACGGCCACAGCACCAGUACCUACGCCUCAUGGCCGAGCAACAGACAUCAAUCCCAGCGAUGCUCCUCCAUCGAUCUACCACACCCUUUUGUCCCUCUACCUUUCACCUCCGCCACCCCACAAGCCCCAAUGGGGCCCAGCGCUUAAUAUCCUAGCAAAGCACGGGGCCCGCAUGCCAGCUUCCUCGACCCUGAACCUAAUCCCUGAGAUUUUGCCUAUCAAAGAGCUCGAGUCGUACUUUCAGGGAAGGAUACGCACGGCGAACACUCUUGUCAAUGAAGGAAGAAUCGCGGCGGGCAUGCGAAAUACGCUGGCCUUCAGCGAAGAAGCUAAGCUGCGGCUUGGUGAUGGUGUGCGUGGAGGCAAUGAUGGACGGAACAGGAGGGUUGUUAUCACCGAGAACCGGGUGUGUGGUAUUUGUUAUAAGAGAUUUGGUGGCAGUGUUAUUAAGGUCAUGCCUGACAACACCGUGGUUCAUUAUGGCUGUUCGACUCGAUGA